AUGUCGGACACCAAGGUAAAAGUGGCAGUGAGAGUCCGGCCCAUGAACCGCAGGGAAAUUGAGCUGAACACAAAAUGUGUCGUGGACAUGGAGGACAACCAGACUGUGCUUCACCCACCACCCUCCAAUGCAAAGGGAGAGAACAGCAGGAAACAAUCUAAGGUGUUUGCCUUUGACCACUGUUUCUGGUCCAUCGACGAAUCCAACGCUCCCAAAUAUGCUGGUCAAGAGGUGGUGUUCAAGUGCCUUGGAGAGGGAAUACUUGAAAAUGCAUUCCAGGGAUAUAAUGCCUGUAUAUUUGCCUAUGGACAAACAGGUUCAGGCAAGUCCUUUUCCAUGAUGGGGAAUGGGGAGCAGCCGGGUUUAAUCCCUCGACUCUGCUGCUCACUGUUUGAGAGGGUCCACAGGGAGGGGAAUGAGGCUCAUAGUUUUAAGGUGGAGGUUUCUUACAUGGAGAUCUACAACGAGAAAGUCCGUGACCUGCUGGAUCCCAAAGGGAACAGACAAUCACUGAAAGUUCGAGAACACAAAGUCCUGGGUCCGUAUGUGGACGGCCUGUCUCAGCUGGCUGUGAGCAACUUCGAGGACAUCGAGGUGUUGAUGUCAGAGGGGAACAAAUCGAGAACAGUUGCAGCCACCAACAUGAACGAGGAGAGCAGUCGUUCACACGGUGUCUUCAGCAUCAUCGUCACACAAACACUUUAUGAUCUAAAGUCCGGGAACUCAGGGGAGAAAGUGAGCAAGAUGAGUCUGGUUGACCUGGCAGGAAGUGAGCGAGUCUCUAAAACUGGAGCUGCUGGAGAGAGACUUAAAGAGGGCAGCAAUAUAAACAAAUCUCUCACCACAUUAGGAUGUGUGAUCUCUGCUCUGGCUGAUCAGUCUGCAGGAAAGGGGAAGGCCAAGUUUGUGCCUUACAGAGACUCAGUCCUCACCUGGCUGCUGAAGGACAACCUCGGCGGCAACAGCAAGACAGCCAUGAUAGCCACAGUGAGUCCUGCAGCUGACAACUACGAGGAGACUCUGUCCACACUGCGCUACGCUGACAGGGCCAAGAGGAUCGUCAACCACGCCGUGGUGAACGAAGACCCCAACGCACGCAUCAUCAGAGAGCUCAGGGAGGAAGUGGAGAAGCUCAAGGUUCAGCUCUCUCAGGCCGAGUCCAUGAAGGCUCCUGAACUGAAGGAGAAACUGCAGGAGUCUGAGAAGCUCAUCCAGGACAUGACUGUCACCUGGGAGCAGAAACUAAGAAAGACAGAGGAGAUCGCGACUGAGCGUCAGAAGCAGCUGGAGAGCAUGGGCAUCUCUUUGGAAACAUCUGGGAUUAAAGUUGGCGAAGACAAGUGUUUCCUUGUCAAUCUAAAUGCUGAUCCCGCCCUUAAUGAGCUACUGGUCUACUACCUGAAGGAGCACACACGUGUGGGCGCAGACACGUCUCAGGACAUCCAGCUCUUUGGGAUCGGAAUCCAGCCGGAGCACUGCACCCUGGAAGUCUGCACAGACAGUGAUGUCACCCUGAUGCCCAUCGGGAAUGCCAGAACCUGUGUGAACGGAACAAUGAUCGAUUCCUUGGUGCACCUGUGGCAUGGAGACCGGAUCUUAUGGGGCAACAACCACUUCUUCAGGAUCAAUCUGCCGAAUCGAAAGCGGCGGGACCGUUUGAAGGAGCUGGAGCGAGCUUCUCCCAGAGAGAGCUUCGUGGAGGCGGACGUGGAGACGGCCAGCGAGGCGUCUUCUGAGCAGGACUACAGCUAUGAGUUUGCACAGAUGGAGGUCACAAUGAAGACUCUUGGGAACAAUGACCCCAUGCAGAACGUGGUCCAGGUGCUGGAGAAGCAGUACCUGGAGGAGAAGCGGACGGCUCUGGAGGAGCAGAGGAUGAUGUACGAGCGAGAGCUGGAGUCGCUGAGGCAACAGCUGUCUCCUGAGAAAGCACCACAGCACCACCGCAGCAGCAGUGACCGCCUUGCGUUCCCGACACACACGCCCCACAGCAAACUGCGGCUGUGGACGGAGGAGCGCGAUGAGCUUUUUCGUCGGAGCCUCUCUCGGCUCAGGGAGCAGGUGAUGAAAGCCAACACUUUGGUGCGAGAAGCCAACUUUCUGGCAGAGGAGAUGAACAAACUGACGGACUAUCAGGUCACCCUUCAGAUUCCUGCGGCCAACCUCAGCGCCAACCGCAAGCAGGGAGUGAUAGUGAGCGAGCCGGCCAUCCAGGUACGGAGGAAAGGGAAGGGGACUCAGGUUUGGACCAUCGAGAAGCUGGAGAACAAACUGGUGGACAUGAGAGACCACUACAGUGACUGGAGGGAAGGCACAGAGGAGAUGUAUAACAAAGCAAACAGUAAGCACUGUGAUCCAUUCUAUGAGGCACAAGAGAACCACAACCUGAUAGGAGUGGCCAACAUUUUUCUCGAGUGCCUUUUCCAUGAUGUUAAACUGCAAUACGCUGUUCCCAUCAUCAGCCAGCAGGGGGAGGUUGCAGGCCGGUUGCACAUUGAGCUGAUGCGAGUCAGUGGUGCCAUACCAGAGCGUCUGUGUGGGGGAGAUGACUCAUCAGAAAACUCCAGUGAGAGUAGCUGCUACGAGGUCAUGGACACCAACGGGGAGAUCGUCCACAUGGCCAAGAGGCUCACCUGCAGGGUGCGGAUCAGGGAGGCCACAGGUCUGCCGCUCAACUUGUCCAACUUUGUUUUCUGUCAGUACACCUUCUGGGAGCAUGGCGAGCCCACUGUGGCUCCUCCCAUGGUUAGCCCAGACAGACCCACCCCUCGAAGCCCAGAAGCCCAGUUUACUGUCCAGUUUGAUAACUGCAAGGACUACGUUGUGUAUGUGACGGACGAGUUUCUAGAAUUUAUAUCGGAUGGAGCUUUGGCGAUAGAGGUUUGGGGUCACCGCUGUGCUGGGAAUGGACGCUCACUCUGGGAAUUGGAUGCACUAGAGGCCCAGACCCAAACGCUCAGAGACAGGUGGAGCGAGGUGUCUCGCAGGGUCGAGCUGUUGGUCUCCAUCCAGGAACUGAACGAGCAGGGCGAGUAUUCAUCUGUAGAGCUGCAGUCUGGAAAAGACGGCAGCACCGGAGGAGUCUUCCAACUACGACAGGGUCACUCCAGGAGGCUGCAGGUUUGCGUGAAACCAGUCCAGAACUCAGGCACUCUGCCUCUGCUGGUGGAGGCUCUGCUGUCCGUCUCUAUUGGCUGCGUGUCAGCUCGCUCCACCAAGCUGCAGAGACCUCUUGACAGCUACCAGAGAGAGGCGGAAGAGGAUAUGGAUAGUUAUCAGGAGGAAGAUCUCAACUGUGUGAGAGAGCGCUGGUCAGAAGCUCUGAUCAAACGUCGGGAGUACCUGGACGAACAAAUCAAGAAAAUCAUCAACAAACACGAGAAGUCAGAGGAGGAUAUUGAGCGAGAGGCUCGGCUGGUGGAGCAGUGGGUUGGACUGACUGAAGAGAGAAAUGCAGUGCUGGUACCUGCACCUGGCAGUGGCAUCCCUGGAGCUCCUGCUGACUGGACCCCACCUGCAGGAAUGGAAGCUCACAUCCCUGUACUUUUCCUGGACUUGAAUGCGGAUAACCUGACAGUGAACGAGCAGCUGAGAGGCCCACACGCUGCAGGAGUUAACUCCAUCCUGCCUAAGGAGCACGGAAGCCAGUUCUUCUAUCUGCCCAUCAUCAGAGAUAGUGCUGAGGAGGUGUUGGCAGUGUGCUCCUGGGACUCGUCCAUCCACGAUUCUGUGCACCUCAACCGGGUUACGUCUCCCAACGAACGCAUCUACCUGAUCAUCAAAGCCACGGUGCAGCUCAGCCACCCUGCCUCCAUGGAGCUGGUGCUCCGCAAGCGGAUCGCCGUCAACAUCUACAACAAACAGAGUUUUACCCAGAGUCUCAAGAGAAGAAUGUCGCUAAAGAACACCCUUUACUCCUGUGGUGUGAUUUAUGAAAUCGUUUCCAACAUACCAAAGGCCUCAGAGGAGCCAGAGGAGAGGGAAACCUUGGCCCUCAUGGCGGCUCGCGGUGACUGCGAGGAGACUCAGGACGGAGAAACCUACAUAGAGAAAUACACACGGGGCGUUCUGGAAGUGGAGAACAUCCUCAGUCUAGAAAGGUUACGGCAGGCUGUGACAGUGAAGGAAGCUCUCGCUGCUAAAGGGAGACACCUAAGAAGGAGUAUCAGCACACCAAAUGUACAGCAUUCUUCAUGUAGUAAAACAGACCUGACAGGUUGUGAGGAUGAAGACUGCAAGGAUCACUGUGAUCAUGUGGACAGCUCCAGCUGCAAUCCUCCGGAUGGCUCCCUAUGCAGCACUCCCAUUAAAAACAAGGAGAACCAAGGUUUGGUUCCAGAGAGCCCGAUCUUUUUCAACUCCAGCCCCUUCAAAGUCCUCUCCCCUCAGCCGCCCAAGUUCCUCAAGUCCCUGCUGCCGGUCAAAGAGGAGAACAAGGUGAAGAAAGCCCUUGAGGCUCGACCGCUGCUGGGACAAGAGCAGGACUCUGAGGAAGAGGAGACGGACCUGCAUCUGACUCUGAACCUGGAUCAGGGCCCUCAGGACCACGGCAGCUUCCAGCCUUACAUCCCAGAGGACUUUGCAAACUUUGAGAUCUACAACGCCACCCUGGAGAGCCAGGAGGGGUUCCUCUCCUCCUGUUCUGACCUGAAGGGAAGCCGGUGUGGAGGCGGGAGCAGCGAGAGAGAGGUGACCCGAAGCCCCACGGCCAGCAGCUGCACCAGUGGCUACUUUUCACACAGCGCCUCCAACGCCACGCUGUCCGACAUGCCCUUCAGUGCCAGCGAGAGCUCCGACCAACUCAGCUGCAGCUCCAGAGACCAGCAGGACUCCCUCGGCUGCUCCGCUGGACGAGGCUGCGCCCAAGACAAAAGUGUCUCUGCAGGGACGGACACUCAGCAGCCUCCUCUCUCUGCAGACACGGUGCAGGAUCUGCCCCCUCAGAGCUCCGCACUUGUCUGUAUUACUAAUUGCACAGACAAGAAGCAAACAUUCCCUCUGCCUCACAACUGUGUCCCCAGCACCAGCCAGGAGUUCACCGACUUCAAAGGGGCCGACGACAGCCCUGCAGAGAGCGAUUUAGCCCGUUUCACAGCGGGAUGGCAGCCGGAGGAUGUGGAGCGGAAGAAACCUGAUAACGUAAAACCAUCCGACACCAGCAAUCAACCCUCCUCUGGUGUCACAUCUAAUCCUGAAAAUGCAAUAUGCAAAUAUCCCAAGAGCGAGGACUCUGUUAGUGUACCUGUGACCUGCCCUAACUCAACUAUAGUUUGCACUUCAGUCAGAGCCCCAGUUAAUGUUCCUGACAAAGUCCCAGCUCCAUCUCAAGCCCAAAUAAUUCCCUCUGCAUCAGUCCCGCCUCCAGCAUCACCAUCCCCGGCUGCCUCUCGUGCCCCAGUGACGCGAGCGGGAGGAGAGCCUCCGAUCCAGGAGCCUGCACAGGGAGAUCUGCCCCACGGGAGCCCCUGUCCCAGUCCCAACCCCAGCAGUGCAGAGCCCUCGGGGGACUCCAGCGGGGAUGAGAGCACCCCCGUGGCUCAGCUCCCGGACUGGAUGGCGCCUGGGGAGCAGGUUUGGGUGGGGAAGAGGAGAGGAACAGUCCACUAUGUUGGAGGGGUAGAGUUUGCGAAGGGAAUUUGGAUUGGUGUGAAACUGGACAUGGCAGUAGGGAAGCACAACGGGACUGUCCAGGGCAGGGUGUACUUCCGCUGCCCCCCCGGCCACGGUGUGUUUGUCAAACCGUCUCGUCUCACCAGAGGACACCCCUCCAUGGACACAGAGCCCCAGACUGUCAUCAGAUAGGACCCAAAGAAGGAGCAGCUCUCUGAGGACAAGCAGAGACCCGAGGGUGGCUUCUCCUCACCCUCCAUCGUAUUUACCACUCAACUCUCUGAGCUGAUGUAUUCCGACGACUCGUCUGCUUCCCUGACCUGUGCGUGUCAUGGGGGUUUAUCCUGAUCGACGAAACUUCUCUAUGCACAUAUCUGAGUUUUCUACACGCUGAUUUUUUUGAUAGAGACCUUAACUUUUGACUGGGAGUCCAUAUCGGAAAUAUCACCCACGUACUUUUUUCACAAACUGGUAUCUGAACGGUAUAUUUACUAUUUUUGUAAGACAAUGCAUCUUCCCCUUUGGCUCAUAGUGGAGUAAUCUUGGAUACGAAGAUUAAGAAUGUACUACUGUUAAUACACGAUGAUAUUUACAUAAAUAUGAUAUGUCAGGGGUAACCAAAGAACUACGGUUCCAUAUCUGCUGUUAUGAGUAGUAUGCUAUUUUUUUAAAGUACACGUGUGGAGGUAUUCACUAUAUACUGUAUCUAUGUGUCCAAGUAACGCUUAGUGCCAUAGGAGUAAUGCCACAUACCCUGAACAGAGGACGAAUCUGCAAAACCUGAGUUGCUCUCAGUGUUUGAGUGCAGUUAUCACGUUAAAUUAUCCUGUUGAAGUACUGUAACACUGUGGAGGAGAAUGUUCCCAUCCAGCAUGAGACUGUUGCUGUUUGAACGCUUGCACUGGAGAGGAUUCUUGGAGAGGUCGCCGACUGUCUUCCAUAUUGGACCGAUCAAAUAUUUUCUAACUGAGGUGACUGAAGAAACACGUGUUUGUCACUUUAAAGGCCUGGGUGCUGAUGCCUUAUCGCCCCGGCACAUUAACCCCCAGACUCCAUCACACACUUUGUGGACCUGAGACCUGUGUGUGUGUAUCACGGCGCUCAGACACAUUCAAAAUGCCACUCAGCCUCGUCGACUGAUUCAUUGAAAAACCUUUUUAACUGCUCUUCCAUCUGCAUUUUAUUUUGUGCAUUAGACUACAUGUUAAAAGGUACUCAGUAAUGCAAUUUGGAUGGCUGGGUGAUGGACAGAAUCACGUGAGAGAAUAACGGCGCAAAAGUUGUUCUAAUUAUGGAGAGACGCUGUCCUACAUGAACAUAUAUUUUUAUGGAAGUGGUGAACUGUGGAACUGACUAGAAAUAGUUUGCAUUCAAGCUGUUAUUUCACGUAAAUGAAAGAAACCCAAGACCUUACAUUAAAGAAGAGAACAAAGCUGCUCUCCCUUAUAAGGAGUUGUAAAUAGAAAUGUAUUUGAACAUAGUAUUUACACUAUUAUAAUGUACAGAAUUGUAUUUAUAAUGUAUCUCAAACUGUU